AGCGAGGAAAUCUUCUACUCUGUUGUAGACAAGAACGAACUUUCUAUGAGAGAGGGAGAACACUGAUGUCUGCUAGUCUUCCUAGUGGGCCCGCACCUAACCUAACCUGUUGUUCUUGGCUUUCUAUUUGCGAUGGUUCGUCUAACGAUGCAGGCUUAGAGGACUCUAGUUGGCAGAAGUUGUAGAAGAAUCUUGUUAAAUCAACCUAAUGAUACGUAGCUAAUAGCGUGGUGUCUGGUCUCUACAAGAUGUCUGACUCCAGUACGGCUUGUAGUAGUUUCGUUCCUUUCAUAUCGUUGAUGGUUUUCGGAGUGAAGACUGUUUACCCCUUAUACCGUAGUAUUGAGUUGCUUUUACUUAGUCGAAUAUCGUCUGAAGAUAGAGAGACGAAUACUAGAGAUAGAUCUAGUUCUAGAAAGGACUCUGCUAGUGUUCCCGUCUCGGUUGCUAAAAAUGGUAAGGACAGCAGCACUACAACAGAAGAUGGUGGAGACCCUUCGUCAUCAUCGUCUAGUACUGGUGUUGUCACAAAGAACAUAAGUAACGAUACCGACGGUGACGCAACAACUAAUGAUAGAGUAGGAAGUCAAUCUACUUCACAAAACAAGAAGGAUGAUAUCGCCGACACUGACGUAGACGUUCUUGCAACUCCCUCCUCUACUUUGGCAAGCUUGCAUUUGAACAACAAGACUGCCCUUUCAAUCGCGGUAGCACAGGAGCAGUGGGUGUCAUUUUGGGUGCUCUGUAGCAUCUGGAAUUUCGCAACUACCUACGUUUUGUGGUGGUUAGUGCCAUAUUUAUGUUGGUGAGCUUUUAUUCAUCUAUGUGCUCAGCAUCUUCGUAUCCUUUCCCCAUAGAGUACAAGAAGGGUAAAGGUCCCGAGAUGAGGGGACCGAGAUGAAGAAAAGCACGCGUCGCUAAUAUAUGUCCCAUUGUUUCUCGAGCUCGAAGCCCUCUUCUUCCUGUGGCUUGUGCAUCCAGAUUCAAGUGGCGCGCGAAUUCUAUGCCAGAAGGGCCAAGUCAUGUACGAUUUAGCAUUUUAGUAAAUGUUGUUACUCAUACGAAGUACCUAUCUUCGAUUUCGAUUCUGUCCUUGAUGCUUAUAUAUAAGUUUUGCUUAAACUACAGCACUUCUGAUGAGUACUUACAACUCCCGUGCUUAUCUCGGCUUGAAAAGCUUCGAACAAAAAUGCUUCUGCCCUCUAGAUAUGCGGAGAACGCGGAGAUGAUAGAAGCAGCUGCAGGUAGCGUCGUUUUAGUCCGGGAUCGCGGGACAAGUGUUGUUAGCAGGAAGAGCAAGAAACACUAGCAUAUGCACACGGUUGACGAUUUGAGCACUUCCGUCAUGAAAUUGCUUGACUAUUCGAAACCUUUUGCUGAUGCACUCCCCUAUCAUGUCUUGAUUGGGGAUUACUCUUGGACGGGUGAGGAAACCUGUUUGCUUCAAAAUUUGCAGAGCGACUACUAGAAGUACAUCAUACAUAUUCUUUUUCUCAUUCUGCAUGAUCUCUGAUGUGCUUCGACAACAAUGCGUGCACCUGGAUUGUGCUUUCAAGGCAAUGCCAAAGAAGUUC